AUGACGAAGGUGCUGGUUGGGCUUAGAGUUCUGUCUAAAGGAAAUUUCUUAUCAGAGGUAGCCGACCUGCACGGCAUAUCGAAGCAAACAGCGUCAAGGGUGUUGCAUGAGUUUGUAGACGCUGUAAAUCGAAAUAUUGACAAUAUAAGAUUUCCAAGAACACAACAAGAAUUGGCAGAAGCAAAACUUGGCUUCUACAAAAGAUGCAAAAUUGCCAAUAUCGUAGGUGCAGUCGACGGAACACUCGUCCCUAUCAUUGCCCCGAAAGACAGUGGCGAAGCCUACAUAUGCCGGAAAGGAUUCCAUGCUAUAAAUGUGAUGGCUACAUGUAGCCACGACAGAAGGUUCAUCGACAUUGUCGCCAAGUGGCCAGGGUCGCAGCAUGAUUCUUCUGUCAUGAACACCUCGUCGUUGAAGGAACACAUGGAGAGUGAGAGGCCAGGGAUGCUGCUGGCUGAUAGCGGUUAUCCACUCACUACCAGCCUGCUAACUCCGCUUGCUAAUCCCGUAACGCCUGCUGAAGCAAGAUAUAACAACGCGCAGAGCAAGGGAAGGAUGGUUAUCGAGCAGAGUUUUGGAAUCCUGAAAGGAAGGUUUCGAUGUCUCCACAAAACCGGCGGUGUGUUGAGUUACAGUCCCGAAAAGUCGUGUGCAAUUUUUAUGGCAUGUGCCAGGUUGCACAAUAUGUGUUUGGAUUGGGGUCUGACACUGGACGAUGCCCAAGUAGUGGACCCAGGCCAAGAUGCUAUGGAGGCCUGGAUGGGACAACCAGGCUUGCAGGUGCAAGAACUGCGACGACGAGUUGUGAACACUUUUGUGUGAAAUUGAACGUAGUUUGUUUGUUCCAUUUCCUUUAAUUUAAAUAGUUUGUGAUCGCUUUGUGUUAAUACAUGAUGCAAAGUAUAAUACAAAUGAAUGUGUGCACUUACUAAGUGAUGUAAAAGUAAACAACAAAUAUACAGUAUUGUGACCUUUACAUGGAAGUUAUUGGUUGCAAAUGGACUGAACAUGUUGCCCUGAUUAACAGAGUGAUCAUUUUGUACAAGUAUUACAAUUAACUGUUAUUCAAGUCAUAUAUGUAAUUUAUGCAAUUGAUAUGAAUUGUCAAAAUGGAACAAAUAACAAAGAAAUGCCAAAACAAAUCAUUCGUUUUCCAAAGUCCCUUUUUAAUGCUGGCAUAUCCGCAAUGUUAACACAUUUGUAAACAUUCAACAAGACGGCGUUUUAAAACAACGUAUUAAAGCCAUAUUUUUUAUUCCACCAUGCAAUUUUGCAAACCUAAGAUUUGAGCUAAUUUGCUUAUUAUUUAACAAAUAGGAUCAAUUUUCAUACUUAUAAGAGAUGUGUUCAUUCAAAUAACCUUAAAGCGUUUAAAUGUAUGAAAUUGGGAUAAUAUUUCUUCAUUUUCUUAAAGCUGCACUCUCACAGAUUUACCGUUUUGAUAACUUCUUUAUUUUUGUUUUGGUAUUUAAAUUAACAAUUUGUUUGCUUAUAUCUGUAUUCCAGUAAUGUAACAAUGAUGACAAACAAUCAGCUUGGUUUCAUAAAUCCUGUUUUAUGGCUAAAAGCGUUACUUACAGUUAAAGGAGAAUGCAUUAAUUUAAACAUAUUUUUUUAAACUUAAUUACAAAAAUCUGCGAUCUGAUUUCUUUAUCAGCCGUCUUAUAGCAUUGGUUUCCUUGCAUUUACGCAUAAAUUUGCUUGUUCCAAAACAGAAAAUAAAAUUAAUUGUCAAAUCAUUCAAUCUGUGAGAGUGCAGCUUUGAGGUUUUACAUAAAUACCUAGUUUUUUUACCCAAGUUCCUAUUCUAAUCAGGUGCAGGAAAAAUUUGGCUUAAAAUUAUGACAUAAACAUAACAACAUAUAAAUAUCACAUAUUUUUUACGAGCAAUUUAAGGGCUAUUUAUUGAC